AUGACAGCUCAGUCCCAGCCCCGUGGAACCGUGCGGUCCUGUGCCUUUGUCUACCAGCGAAGUCUAUUCAGCUAGUCUCAGGACCAGAACAGAUCAGCGUCAUGAGUCUUGGAGGGCGGAACCAGGGAAACCGUUUGACCCUGUUGGUACAGGUUGUAUUGCCGAAACUCUACGCAGCAGGUAUGACAUCUUUGGGCAACCCAGGCCAUACACAGCCCUUCUUGGCAAGCUGCCUGGGGUGCAGUGCAGUGAAGGCUCCCUACGAUGGGGUGUCGGCCUUUUGCGACAACAACUGUGAGGACGAGAUUGGCGGAAAGCCACGCCUUGACCAAGAAGGACCCCUUCUCCACACCGACCUUCCACGAUGCUUCGAGAUGACCGAGAUUCGCCUUCGUUUCUUCCUUGGCAAAGAUGGUGCCGCCACCACUACAGGUAGAGCAUUGGGGGCUUGCCUCGAACGAACCCCCUUUUGCGAGUUAGCCCUUGGGCGUCGGCGGUCGCCGUCGACAUGAUCUGGGCAAGCAAUCGCGAGUUGAAAGCCUGCCUCAGCCAACUGCGUCAUUGUCUGUGCGUGGGGCGAACGCGACUUGCCCCCGAAGCCAGAGGAGGUUGCAUGUCAGCCCUUUCCUUGCCUCUGGCUCGGCUCCGCGUGGACAGGCUAACAGGAGCGGACUUGCUGCCAUCAGUCACAACCUUGGACGCUGCAGCGGCUGGCCGGGCCUGCCUGCGCCGCUUGGACAUGGCAAGCAACCAAGACGAACGAGCAGUCACCAGCUCUCGCAGGAUUCUGGCCCGUUGCGGACGUCGCCGCACCCCACGACAGCUGCGCUACGUAGCGGAAGAGGGGACGGACCCCCAGAGCCACGGUGACAAGCCUGGGGGGGCGGGGCUACCGAGGACUGGCUGCGUUGUGGGCGCACUUGUCAUCGAUCAGUCAGUGCGCCAGUGCGUGAGGGCUUGCAGCAGCGCCCAGCUGCAUGCACAUGUCAUUCGACUGUGGGUGGGCGGGGCACCGGUCAACGACGAAGACUCGAAAGAG